AUGUCAUCCUCGCCUCCUUUUCAUGUUCCCCAUUCGACUACUAGUAAUAAUGGGCACACAUUUACUUGCCCCAACUGCGCAGAUAUAUUUUCAAGCAUUGACAAUGUCAUCCAUCAUCUGUCAACUACUGUUACCUGCGGUCAGCGUGUUGUUCAAGGUCUUACCUUGGACUUCGGGGAACCUAGUCAUUUCUCACAGGACUAUGAUCCUGACACCCUAGAACAUGGGCAAGAUGCCUAUAACCCGCCCCUUUCGUCUGUCCCAAAUCCUGAGCAAUAUCAUCCCAGUACCCCUGAGUCAGUGUGCGACACCCCCCUCGCAUCUGUUGAUCCCUCUGCAGGCCCACAUCCCAGCACAUUUAGGGAGUACCAUCCCAAUGUGCCAAUUACCCACCCCAGAGGAGAAAAUCAUCUUCAGAAGAUGGACCGCAACGUACAUGCUGCUAUCCAUCACACAGAGAACCUUUACUAUCCCUUUGCAUCGAAAGCCGAAUUUGACCUGGGAUACUGGCUUUCAGAGGGGGUGUUGUCACAAAAAGAAGUUGAUGUUUUCCUCCACCUUGAGCAUACCAAGAAUAAUCCGCCCUCUUUCAAUACAUCUAAGGAUCUGCGAGCUCGGAUCAAAGCACUACCUGAAGUACCUCGAUGGUACCACCAACAAAUAAAAGUUGGUUCCUAUAAGACGAAAGCACCCUUGGUGCUCUAUUGGAGGGAUGGUCUCGAUGUCGUGAAGCACCUAUUCGCCAACCCAGUCUUUGUGCCUUGUAUGGAUUUCCAGCCGUACCAGGAAUUCAAGGGCGCAGACAUAAUCAUGGCUUGUCAGGAUAAGCUUCCUCCAGGUCAUUCAUUUGUUGGUGUGAUUGGUGCUUCGGACAAAACACCUCUGACCAUUGGGACCGGAAACAAGGAGAUGCAUCCCCUGUUGAUCUCGCUCACUAAUAUCCAUGUGGGUGUUCACAUGAAGGCGACAUCACAUGCAUUCGCUUUGGUCGCUUACCUGCCAAUACCAAAGUUUCUCAAUGUCUCAAAGCCCGUACAUGCAAUUUUAUCCGCAGGAGAUUUGCGUAUGAUUCAUAUACAUUUGGUCGCCUGGAUAGCCGACUACCCUGAACAACUGCUCAUUGCAUGUACGGCCUCGAAGCGUUCUUCGAUUUCUCUUGCUACUGCUGCCCAAUUUGGGGAUCCUCUUCUGCAUCCUCCUCGAACUCGUUCUAACACUCUUGACGCUAUUGAAAGGGUGUGCACUAUUUCCGAUCCCUGCGACAUCGCAUCCUUCUAUAAGACAUGUCAAGCCCUUCAUCUGAAUGGUGUUGUUGAACCGUACUGGAAGGAUUGGGGCCAUGCAUCCCCAUCCUUCUUUUUGACGCCAGAUGGCCUCCAUCAGUGGCACAAAUUUUACUUUGACCACCCCAUCAACUGGUCUAUAAACAUCAUGGGGGGAGCGGAACUCGAUCGAGUGCAUCAUUGGGCGAAUGGCGUUUCCAUGCUGAAGCAGCUCACUGUUCAAGAACAUCGAGACCUUGAGAAGCUCCUUCCUGGCGUGAUUGUUGGUGCUGUCCCUGAUGAAGUUGCAUGUGCACUAUGUGCUAUCACAGAAUUUAUAUUCCAAGCACAGAACCUCUUCCUUUACGAUGAAACCUUACAUUCUUUAUCUGAAGCCCUCCGCAAAUUUCACUACUAUAAGGACUUCAUCCUGACAGCGGGUGGCCACCAUGGCAAGAACAGUCUCCUCAAUCACUUCCAGAUCCCCAAGCUAGAGUUAAUGCAGCAUGUCGCCCGGAGUACUCGAGCCAUGGGUGCUCCAUAUCAAUGGAGCAGUGAUAUUACUGAGCAUUGCCACAUCACUCAUGUGAAGCGGCCUUACCGCAUGUCUAAUCGCAGGGAUUUCCACGGUCAGUGCUGCCGCUUCCUCGACCAGCAGGAAAAACUGCAAUUCUUCCAGCUUUACACAGUUCUAAAGUCACAGCGAGCAAGCUUGAUCUAUGAAAUGUCCAGGGAAGCAAACACGAUGGUGCUCCACUAUCCCGAAGCAACCUGGAUCUCUACUGUUCUGCCUGGUGAGCAGUAUGCCGUUGCCAGCAAACCAAUCACUUCCCUUUUCACCAACAAUUGCACUCAUUUUUCUUCCGACGACACUGUCACAAUCCUCCUUACUUGCCAUCCACAUUUCCAUCACCUAUCUAUUGAAGAAGCUUCUCAAUGUUUCCACAUUCCUGAUCUCUGUCCAGUGCUGGGUGAUCUGAUCUCUGGUAGAUCUUACCUCGAGUGCAGUGGAAGGCGAAUAUGUCGUCCCAACUGUUCUCUCUCCUUUGAUUACCUUCACAUUUGGCAAAAAUUCCACAUGCAGCAGCGCUCUACACAAGAUAGCUGUAUUGCACUAGCACCAAGCUCUUCGAUGCCAUUUGGAAGGGGAGAUACUGUCUUGAUUACUCAUGAAAGCGGCAAACUACUUUUGCCCGCCACUUCUGAACGGUAUCUCAUUGUCCAAGUAAAAGCUAUCAUCCAGCCUAUUACUGAAAUGCCCCGCCUGAACCAACCAUUUCUCUAUGUCAAAUUUUUCAACUUCUCUCAUUCAUCAUUCAGCACCAUCAAUGAUAUUCGUUUCAUUACUCCAGCUCCUGUAACCGACAUGUUUUCAGUUCAAUGCCGUGUUCAAUCGAACCAUGAUCCCUUGGGAGACAUAGUGCCUCUGGACAGUGUGUGUCAGGUCAUUGAGCUUAUUCCCAAGUGCGGUCGAGAGGUACCACUGUCAAUGAAUCGUGACAAUAGUUUGCAGCUGGCGCGCGAGUUUUAUGUGAAUAAUUUCGCAGACAAAGAGACCUUCCAUGCUAUUCUCAGUUACCAGUAG